CGCGGGGCCGGGCCAGGGCGCGCGGCGCGGACUGAGAAAGGAGAGCGCCGGCGGCCUCGCGGGUCCCCGCGGGGUGGGGUGGGGGGCCCAGUGGGCGCCCGAGGCUGCGGCCACCCCGACCCGCGGGACAGCAUGCCGCGAGCCCGGAGGAGGCCGGCGGGGCCGGACAUGAAGGGGCCAGAAGGAAAACGCUCCAAAACUAAAAGCCUAGGGGGGGCAUCAGCCCAAGUGGAGAGCUCCAGCCUCCAGAGGACUCCAGCCUCUGAAGACGGUGGGGAGGCUCUCGGCAGCUACUGGCUGAUGAAGUCAGAGCCAGAAAGUCGACUGGAGAAAGGCGUGGAUGUGAAGUUCAGCAUCGAGGAUCUCCAGGCACAGCCCAGGCAGACGACGUGCUGGGAUGGUGUGCGCAAUUACCAGGCCCGGAACUUCCUGAGGGCCAUGAGGCUGGACGAGGAGGCCUUCUUCUACCACAGCAACUGCAGAGCGCCGGGCAUCGCGGGCCUCGUGAAGAUCGUGAAGGAGGCUUACCCGGACCACACACAGUUUGAGAAAAACAAUCCCCACUAUGAUUCAUCCAGCAAAGAAGACAACCCCAAGUGGUCCAUGGUGGACGUACAGUUUGUGCGGAUGAUGAAGCGUUUCAUUCCCCUGGCUGAGCUCAGAGCCCAUCACCAAGCACACAAAGCCUCUGGCGGCCCGUUAAAAAACAUGGCUCUCUUCACUCACCAGAGACUCUCCGUCCAGCGCCUGACCCGAGAGGAGUUUGAUUUUAUCCUGAGCCUGGAGGAAAAGGAACCGAGUUAAUGGAGACGCGGCUGCUGAAAAGGACAAGAUGUUGCCCCAAAGUCAAGCUCCCACAAGACGAGAGGCAGUGUGGGGAGCACGCCGGCUGUGAGCAGAGGUGGGGCCUGGUCCUCUCUAAUAAACACCCAUGCUUAA